CACACAUCCUCACAGACAUCGCUGGACCAAAAAAAAAAAAACAAACAAACAAAAAAAAAAAAACAGCCUGUUUCAUGUCGUCACCUUCUGGAAUAUCUCAGCUAAUAGUUUAAAAGAAGUGAAAAAGUCUUCAAGAAGAGGAAACCCGUUGUGAGAUCCAACGUCAUGACAGACAUGACACCUUCAAACACCAGUGCCACCUUUAUGGACUCCGAGUUUCGUUAUCUGCUCUUCCCAGCAGCCUAUGGCAUCAUUUUCGUCCUGGGUUUCUUUGGAAAUAUCUAUGUGCUGUUUGUCCUCCACUCUCUCCGCCAAGCCAAGGCCAUGGGAGAAAUUCGCAUCUACAUGGCCAACUUGACUAUUGCUGAUCUCCUGUUUGUGUGUAUUCUACCUUUCUUGAUUAGCUAUUACAGCAACCAUGGUGACUGGAUCUACUCUGACUUCAUGUGUCGGCUGACCGGCUCGAUGUUCUUCAUCAACACCUACUGCUCCAUUCUCUUCCUUGGAGCCAUCAGUGUCAACCGCUACUGGGCGGUCACCCGCCCACUUGAUGCUGCCUCAUCAGACCACAGGCAUCGUGGAAUCAUCGUGUCCACUGUGAUCUGGAUGACGACUGUCGCGAUGGUGAUUCAGUAUUUAAUAUCUCCAGGGACUCGUGUUGAUGAGAAUAAUGUAAGGCGCUGUUUUGAGGGCUACCAAAAUCAAACCAACUUGGAGAAGCAGAGCGUGGCAGUCACACAUUUUGCAAUCAUUGGAAUGUUUUUUGUUGUGUUUUUCCUCGUUGUGGUGUGCAACGUUCUUAUAGUUCAAGCUUUACUUUCUCAACCUUCUCCUCAGUCAGAACGUGCAACUUUCAGAUCAGCAACAGUCAUAUCAGGAAAGAGCAUAUCUUCCUCACCCAACCGACCCAGAGGGGUGAAACGGAGGGCCAUCCAGAUGUUAUUUGCAGUGGUGGGAGUGUUUGUCGUGUGUUUCCUACCUCACCACAUAAUCCAAGGCCUCUGGACUUUGGCCGUGUUGAAUAUCAGAGAUGGUUGGGGUAGUGUGGACUGGGACCAGAACACUCGGCAGGCACUCAAUGAUCUGCACCAGAUUACUUUGGUACUCAUGGGUCUCAACUGCAUUUUGGAUCCCAUAGUUUAUUGCUUCGCCACAAGGAAGUUUAGAAGGUUCAUCAUGGGUCACUUCAAGAAGAUAGCAAAAGGUGAAACAUGUUCUCACACGGUCACCUCACAGCUAUCCAUGGAUAGCAGAAACCACAGCCAGAGGCUCCAGAGUGAGUACCAACAACCUGAACUUAAUUAAUAGAAAUAAUAUUGAUGACUAUUUUGUAAUACUUGGAAAAAAUAAAUACGCAGAAAAAAAUAGAAUUGUUGUACCAACUUAAUAAAAUGCUUGAAUUUGUAAUACUCAGAUGAAUUAGGUUGAUCCAAAUUAAUAUUUACACCAACUUUUUAACAUAAAUUGGACAAAGCUAAUUUAUUUGAAUGCUGCAAAUGUAAGCAACUCAGUUACGUUUUCUCUUUUUGUCCAGUGUAUUUCUGUGAAAUAUUUUCACUCUUGCUUGAAGAUAGUUUUAUUGAGUAUCAAGAGACAUUUCAACAUUUCAGCCCAUGGCUGGAAAAACUAGUGCACUGAUCUCCAUGAAAGGCAUUGUUUAUACAGACAGACAAGUCAAAUUUCACGUAUGACUGGACGGUCAAGCGGCUAGUGUACUUGAUUCUUGAGUGGAACCUUCCUGUUUCAAUAGAACCACUGCCCAUUCUCCAUAUAUUGUGGAUUUGUAUCAAGAAGUGCAUCCGGUGUAAAACUUGUGCUAAAUCAACAUGCAGAUUUGGCAGAAGAGCACUUUCUUUUCUAUGUGUUUUUGAAUAUACAAUAUUUUUUGGUAAAUGCAGUUGUUUUGAAGUAUUUGUACAGUAAUAUGGCUCUGUGUCUAUGGUCUCAUAAUGAUUGUUCUGCCUUGGUGGAGGUACUGUCCUGACCUUUCUAUGUGUUUUUGUAUAGUUUUGCCAGUAUUGUUGGGGUCAUUUUGUAGUUGUCUCUGCACUGUAACAGUGUUCUUUUUUGGCACUCUAACACAUCGCCUUGAAAUUUAAUUUCCGAAUGAGAGCAGCAGUUUGAGUUGCAGCAGUCCUGCUCUUCCUGUGUGAAGUGCAACGAGGAAAGCAGAAGUGUUGCAACCACAAGUAGCCACACAAGGAUGUUUUCACCAAAUUCUGCUGUUUGUGUUCUUAUAAAAUUAUGAACUGUGAAGAUUUCAUAGUGCAAAUUUCAAAAACAUUGGUGUUGUCAUGGAAAAAAGUUAAAUUUUACUGAACCUAACUACCGCCUUUUUAUAGUUAGGGUGUAGGCUGAGAGUGAAGAAUAUACUCAGGAGUUUUCUCUGUCAUGCCAGAAAUUAUACCAGUAAAAAAUGUACUGAUUAGAUUUCACUUUUCAGGGAAGAUUUCUUUCUUUUUUCUUUUUUUUUUUGUACAGUUUAUGGUGCAUAUUGUAAAACCAGUGAACAGAUGAAGUAAUGUAUUUUAUCUUCUGGCUUUUGACAUUGUGACAAUGAAUAUAUAUCUAUAUCUUGUGGAUAAAAAAUAAAUAAAUACAAGCAAAUAA